CUCACUAUGGAGAGGGUCAUUUAAAUAAGAGCUGGGCUCAGAGACUCUCAAGCCCAGUGUUGUGGGUGUGAACUGGGUGUGACAACCCAGCCAGGCAAUCAUGAAAACUGUCUCAGAGGAGGACAUGGCAUGUAUUAACAUGGAGCAUCCUAUACCUUGGGAUGAUUUAGGAGAUCUUAUAGAGUGUGCACAUGAUGUCUUUGGAGAGAGCUGUGUCACUUCCAGUCUUUUUCCAAUGGAUUCCUCUCCUGUAGUCACAAGUCCUGAGGUAGACAACAGUAGUGCUAUCAGCAGCAGUAACAUCAUCAGUAGCAGUGACAGUAUUACAAAGGAAGACAAACCCCCCUCUCCUCUACUCCCUCCAUGUCGUGUGUGUGGGGAGAAGGCUUCAGGUUUACACUAUGGAAUCAACACUUGUGAGGCAUGCAAGGGCUUCUUCCGCCGCAGCUUACAGAGGAAGGAAGAUUAUCAGUGUGUGGGCGAUGGCAACUGCAGAAUACAGCCUGGGAAACGCAACUCGUGUGCACACUGUCGUUAUAAGAAGUGUGUCAGCGUAGGGAUGUCAAAGAAGGCUAUAAAAACAGGUAGAUAUACACACGCUAAGAGAACACGAGACAUAGAAGAAGUGAGGAAACUGGAAGGCAAAGAUGAUAAUCCUGCAGACGUCCAUCCUCUCUAUAUGCAAGCUCGGGACCAGAAAGAACAUGAGAUCACACAGCUUAUUGAGUAUUUAACCAAGGCAUAUACAGAGCUGGAACCAACCGGGCCUGAUGCUUAUAAAAAGAUUGCAAUGCAGCAAGAAGAAUUCAUGGAACAUUAUAAACUAAAACAAGAAAUGUUUGGGCAGCUGGAACCCAUCACCAAAGAAGAGUACCGGAUGUUCUAUGAACUGACUGGGAUAGACAUAGAUGACAGGAAGUCUAUGGUACAGAACUGGACCAAAACGCUUGAAGAUGGAGUGAAGAAACUGAUCAGAUUUGCCAAAGCCAUUCCAGGAUUUAUGGAGCUUUCACUCAAUGACCAGGCUGCUCUUAUAAAAGCCGCAAGGUUUGAGGCCCGGACAAUCAUGCUGCACAGACGUUUUGAUGCAGAGAAUUGUCACUUCACAACAGUAAAUGGCAGAAUUGUCCACCGCAUACAGUUGGAGAUGCUAUAUAAUGAUCCCAAAUGGGUCGAAGCAUUGUUUGCUACUGGUAGUCAGAUGAAGAAAUUACGCCUGACGUUUCCUGAAACUCUGUUGGUGGCAGUAAUCGCCAUAGUCAGUCCAGACCGUUGUGAGUUGGAAAACCCUGCUCAAGUAGAGAAAAUCCAGUUAAAGAUGAUAGAAGCGCUCCAAUACUCCUUCAAAGUCCACCAUCCUAAUGACAAGAUACUGUUGGCUAAAGUGAUAGUCAGACUGAUGGACCUGAGGGUAUUAUCUGAGUGGAACAGGAAAGUCAUUGAGAGCAUUCAGUUGGACUGGCCAGAUAUAGAGUUCCCUCCUCUUCUCCUGGAGAUCAUAGGAUGACCCAUACAGAUAUAGAGUUCCCUCCUCUUCUCCUGGAGAUCAUAGGAUGACCCAUACAGAUAUAGAGUUCCCUCCUCUUCUCCUGGAGAUCAUAGGAUGACCCAUACAGAUAUAGAGUUCCCUCCUCUUCUCCUGGAGAUCAUAGGAUGACCCAAAUGGCACCUUUCGCCCUCUAAAAUACCCAAAUAUAUUUUUUGCCCUCACUGGGUCCUGCACCCCACCUUGCAGACCCCCUUCAAAUAAUCCUGGAUCCACCCCUGAAGAGGAAGGGAACUAUGCUUGGGGUUAUUUAGGAUAUCCCCAGUAGCUUGUCUUUCAAAAUUCAGCUUGAGUAUUGCAUUUACUUUUAUUCAAGAUAUUUUUAUAAGCUGUUGUGUGCCAAGUAUUACAUGAUUACUAGAGUAAUCAACAAUCAACAGUAAGUACAGUUGACAAAGACAAGAAUUAUGCACAAAAUUAGGAUGUGAUUUAGCUCUGUAUCAUAAUAAGUUAAUCGAUCCAGAAAUCCAAUAUAUUUUUGUAGCGAAGGUGAUCACAGUGGAUGUCAUUAACACCGACCAGUGGUCAAACAAGAUGAUCGUUGCCCUGAGGUGUAGUUAUAUUUACAUGGCAGUGCAUUCUUAUCAAGCAAUACACAUGAAACUGGUCAUGUUCAUUGUAAUUAAUUCAAAUGUUAACCGUGAGUUGUCCAACGUUUGUGAAGUGGUAUGUCUGUGACAGUUGUAUUUUAUCUUAACGUCCUUGCAGUGCUGUGUAAAGGGUGCAAUAGCUUAUGACAUAAAUGUGAUGCUCAGGGAUAUACAGAGCCUUGUAGGACAGUAGUAGCAAGGUUAAAAUAAUGACUUCAUUUUCUGUUUGUAUUAAGUAAAAACUUACACUGCCAUGGUAAAGGCUAUGGACUGGGCUGUCAAUAGAAAAUGAACAUUGCCUGACAUGUCAGUACAAUAUUCUAUAGAAAAGAUUUUCUAAUCCAACAAACUAAGAGGUAUAUUUACACUCUUGUGUAGAUAUGCUUGUUCUCUGUAUAUGCAAGUAACAUAUGCACUUGUCUGUUGAUGGCCUGUUACUUAAUUGCUAUAUUUUUUGUAAGUGCUGUAUGAAUACUUCCAUGCUUUAAGCUUAUAUAUGAAUAUAGUCUGUUCUCUUUCUUUAUGGUCACACUUCACAGUGAAUAUCUCUUGGAUUAUUUUUAUCCAAUCCCUGAAAUAAUUCUGCAAUCCAGCAUAACUUCAAUACAUAUGUAUUUGUCUGUCAGAUCAUCUAGUUUGAAGGUAGUAAGUUUUAAGGAGAUAUGGGAAGUAUUAGGUGCUGAGUGCUGUAUUGUUAUUCUUGUUAUUUUACUGAAGACCAAGUUUUGUUCUUUCUUUUUUUCCAAGUUUGGUAGUCCUUUCACAAAAUAUAGUUUUGAAUAUUUUAAAAGGAUCGCUAAUUACACUGUGCAAUUGAAUAGUAUAAUAAUGUAUUGUAUUGUGAAGUGUUAAAAUGUUUUAUCCAAAUGCCACUCUGACUAAAAAACGUUGAAAAAGUAGUUCAGUCAACUACAAGAAUGCAUGCAGUACAGGGAGACAUUCUUGACAAAAUUAUUGGAACGUUUUCUACAUCACCCCUGGCCAAAAGCCAGUGCAGUUCUUUGUAUACAUCACAAACUGCACACAGAAGUUUGAAAUGAAAAUAAUCUGUGCUAUUUUACUUGAAAGCAUUACCUAUAUAUGUUCUUCCAUAUCUGUAUUUUAUAGCUGUGUGAAUACUUCAGUGUAUACAAUAUAUUGUCAGUAAUAUGGUCUCUGUACAUAGUCCACAGAUGUCAGUGAAAUAAAUACAUAUUUUGAUAUAAUG